AUGUUGGACACAAACUUCUCAAUUGUAGACUAUUUAGUGUUUGCGCUCCUAUUGAUCGCCUCAUCACUUAUCGGAGUAUACUUUUGGUACAAAUCGCGAAAUACAGCCACAAAUGCCGAGUACCUGACCGGUAUGCCGGCUGAGGUAUACCAAGUGGGCACUCAAAUGUGGGUGACAUCAAUAUCAUGUAUUAUAGCCAUUGUGUUGACGGCUGAGAUCCCUUAUUUGGCGACUGUAUUGUAUGGACCGGCAGUGGCACUCAGUGCAGUGACACCGCUAUCAAUACCGAUGUCUAUACUUUUGGUGGGAUUUAUAUGCACUUUCUACACAUCCAUUGGAGGCAUAAAAGCGGUCAUUUGGACGGACGUAUUGCAGGGCUCACUUAUGUUACUCGGAGUACUUGUGGUUAUCGUAACUGGUGUGAUAGAAACGGGUGGAUUGAAGGAGCUAUGGAACAUCAAUGAGCAAGGUGGUCGACUCAAAUUUUUCAAUAUGAAGGUAGAUGUCUAUAAUCACGACAACUUCUGGAAUGUACUCAUUGGUACGGCGGUAACAUGGUCGGGCGGUUACUGUAUAUCACAGCCACAGAUACAACGAUACUGUAACGUGGGUUCACCUCAAAAGGGUCGGCGGGCGUUGUAUUGGAAUCUCCCGGGGCUCAUAGUAUUUGUCGUGAUGUCCAUAACGUGUGGCAUGGUCAUAUACGCCAAAUACCACGCGUGUGACCCUGUUACUUUGGGUCUGAUUAAAAGACAUGACCAACUCAUGCCGUAUUACGUUAUGGACACUUUAUCUCAAUACCCGGGAUUACCGGGUCUUUUUGUGGCAUGUGUGUUCAGUGGGUCGCUCAGCACCCUAUCGUCGGGUUAUAACUCAUUGGCGGCCAUCACUUGGGAGGAUCUCAUUAAGGAUCGCGUGAAACUCAAAAAUGAAAGCCAGGCACUCCUUGUCUCUAAAUUAAUUGCCAUGUCCUACGGACUCAUAAUCAUUGGGUUCGCGUUUCUCGUGGGAAACGCAGGGACUGUAAUGCAGGCGUCGAUGGCUAUAAGCGGAGCUAUGAGUGGCCCUAUAUUUGCCUUAUUUCUUGUCGGCAUAUUUUAUCCGUACGCCACCGCACCGGGCGCAUUAAUAGGAUUUCUGAGUGGAUAUGGCGUUAACUCAGUCCUAGCCAUCGGUUCGUUGGUUCUGCCGCGACCGAAGGUGUCGUUACCGACUACUCUAGACAACUGUCCGGUGGAUGUCAUCCAAAGUGUGUUCACCCGAUUUGAAACACUACCCAACUCUACGUACAUCCCGUCUUAUGAUAACGUGGAAGGUUUGGGUCAAUUCUUUCACAUCUCAUACCUAUUGCUGUCAACCAUUGGAUUCACGAUAUGUAUUGUCGUAUCAGUGUUGACCAGUCUAUGCAUAGGUAAACAAAUCAAAACACUCGAUACAAAGCUGAUGUCACCGAUCGUUAAAUAUAUAUUUCCCGGUAUUGGAGCCCAAAAUAAUCAUAAAUCCAAUGCAAUCGAGACAAUAGAUGCCACGAAAAGUUAA